AUGUCGAUUCAGGAACCACCUGUUCGUUUUAAUAUUCCUGAACAAACACCAUCGUCAUCUAUUGUGACAAAUCCAGGCAAUGAAGAGUACGAUCCAUUUACUAUUGAUUAUGAUGAUGACGGUGAUAAUAAUAAUAAUAAUGAGAGUGAACAGUUAAAAAAUGCAAAACAUCAAAAGCAAGAUUCCAUUCGGAUUAACAAUGGAAUGGCAACCCACCCUGUGAUUAAUAAUACGAAUACAUCAUCAAAUUCAGACAAAUCUUCGUCAUUACAAACGAAUGAACAAGAACAAUCACAACGUAAAAGUAAAAGUCCUGUAGAACAUAAUAAUAAUCAUUCAGACCACCGAUCACAGUCACCAUCUCAUCGUAAUCAUAAUUCUUCGGAUCGAAAGCGUCGUCGUCCUUCAUCACCUAAUUCAUCUAUAGUAACAACAGUGAACAAUAAUGAAUCAUCAUCAAAUAUAGACACAAUCUCAUCGUCAAAACAUAAAAAAUCCUCUCGAAAUGACGAACGAAAAAAAUCUAAACAUCAUCUUAAACAUCGAUCAUCUUCAGUAUCUUCAUCAUCAAAAUCUCCAUCAUCACCUUCAACAUCAAAUAAUCAUAAAAAAACAUUUGAUCUAAAAGAUGAAAAAUCUUCAAAUUCAUCUUAUAAUAAAUCAACACGCCGUUCUGAAAAACGAGAUGAUUAUUAUUCACAUCGAUCACGUAAUUAUCCUUCAUAUACAUCGUCAAAAUAUUCAUCUCGUGAUUAUUCAUCUUCAACACAUCAAUCAAAUGCUGAUCGUCGUACAACACACUCAAAUUUUUCUAGUCCACCUCGUCUUCUUUCAAAAAUUGUAACAACUGAUGGAAAUUCAUCUCUUCAUAAUAAUGAAACAAAACAACAUGAAAUAUCAACAGAAGAUCGUAAUCGAAUUUAUAAUCGUCUAAAAAAUAUGAAUGAUACAAAUACACCUAUUAUUCCUAUAAAUCAUUCGAACAAAAUUUCAUCGCCAAGUUCAUCAUUUAGUACUACAAAUGGUGGAUCUCAACGUUCACGUAGUAAUUUAAUUCAAAUAGUCACUACAGCAGCUACAUCUGAAUUUACACAAGCACCUCCAGUUCGAUUAUUGUCAUCACAAAUUAAAUCUGAAUCAGUCAAACCAUUAUCCGUUCCUUCUAUUCCUGCUAAAGUUGAAUCUAAAAUCAAUACAAAUGAUUCUAUUCAAUCCACAAUAACAUCAAAAACUAAUGGUAACACAGCUGAUGAUAUGCUUAUGGAAGAAAUGUUACUUGAAGAAGAACAAGAACACAGUCCCGUAAAAUCUAUUGACCUCGAUAGUUUAACAAUACCUGAAGCUUCAAUUCAAAAAAUUGACAGUAAAGAAGAAUCCAUCAAAGUCAUAACACCAACGACCACAGCAACAACAGCAACAGUCACCAUCACAACAACAACGACUUCAACUACAACUUCUGUUCCUUCUCUAACACCAUCACCAACAAAAAAACCAUAUACAUUGUACAAAGUUCCACAUACAAAUCAUAUGACACCACGUCUAUCAUCCCGACAUAAAAAACAAAGUAAAAAAGAAUCAUCAACCACACAACCUGACUCAACAACAACGAACAAACCUUCAACAGAUGAUAAUUCACGACAAACAUCUCUUGAUGAACGAAUAUCAAAUUUAUUCGGUGCACCACCACCACCACCACCAACAACAACAACAUCAAAUAAAUCCAUAAAUUCAUCUACUGAGCAACAACAACAGCAAAUCGAUAAUCGAACAAAUCCAACAACAAUAAUAUCAACACCUAGUGAUAAAAGUACUGAAAGUCCUCAAGAUAUACCAUCAUUAAUUUCAACGAUGAUUAAAAAAGAACAAGAUCAUUUAUCAUUAACAAAAAAACUUAAUAUAAAUGAUGAACGACGUUCAACAACAUCAAAACAUUAUACCACCGAAUGGCUAGCAUCACAAAAACCUGAAGAAGCACCAACAGAAGACUUAAUUGCUCUUCCAUCACUUGUUACAUUACCAACACUUGUUUCAAGUCAACCAUCAACAACUCCAAAUACAAUACCACCAAUUUCAAAUUCAGGUGAAGCUACUAUGCUUGGUAAACUUUCUGAAGCUAUGAGUAAAUUAAUUCAAAAACAAGGUGAUACAAAUCUACCAACAACAGCUACAACGACAACAAUAACAACAAUAACAACAACUGAAACAGAUGAUACUGUUCCAAUAUCAGCUAAACAUCUUGAACGUAUCGAAAGAAGGAAACAACGUGAAAAACGUCAAAGUGAAAUAGCUGCCAUUGCUAAAGAAGCUUUAAAACCAGCAUUUAGAAGACAUGAUAUUACAAAAGAUGAAUAUAAAGAAAUAAUGAAAAAAGUCGUUACAAAAGCUACAAAUGCUAAUGAAGUUGAUCGUGUACGAAUAAGUAAAAUGAUUGAUGCAUAUGUACAAAAAUAUCGAACAAUUCGUCAACAUAAUAUUUCAAAAACUUCGAAUGGAAAUUCAUCAUGA